AUGGCCGCUCAAAUGUGUGCUUUGAUGCCGGCAAGCCCGUUACCUUUGGACCAGGCCUCUGCUGAGGGUGCAUACGAACUUAUCAAGGAGAAUUCACUUCCGGCUGCCGUUAAGGAGUUACUCGAUUCUGUGGAUUCUUUUGUGGGCAGUCAGUUGGCAGACAAGCAAUCAACAUGUUUCUGUUCAUACCAUUCAGACCUCGUUAAAUCAUCAGAGAACCCAAAGCAGUUGGAGGAUAUGUGGAUUCUUCAACGGGAUAUUAGUGCCCAACUUUUCAAAACUAUGAUGGCUGUCAUGCGUUCCGCUGGAGAUCUCGCUCGCCGAUACAGGAGUGCUCAAGGAAACACUUCUGCCAGUGGAAUCAGCACUCUGAACGACUCGGAUUUGGAAUUAGCAUUUACCGGUGACGCAAGAGGCGGUUACCAGUGGCUUAAUUGCUUGGCCAGAGACGAGUGUGAUUGGGUUUGGGAGGCAGUCAAUAACGAUAGUCAAUCCCUCGAGGCACACUGCCCUGCAUGCCUCCUAGGUCGUGCUAUCGAUUCGGAAUCUACGAUCAGACUUCUUAUAACAGCGGCCAGACUUCUCAAAUGGGAUUUCUUUGUCGUCUCGAUCCAAGAACACCUCGCCUCCGACCCAUGGUGGGGUCCCGGAUACUGGGAAACCAUCGAACCAAAAGCCAACCUUCUUGGAAACCAGAUCCGAGAACUACUCCAACAGUGCGCCGAUAUUCGUCGGGAUCUUCGAGAUUUCAAUGCUCGAGAAUGUGGGAAACUAGUUCGCUCGACACCUUCUAAAAGGGCAGCGAGUCACGGCCCACUCGGUUCAUCCGCCCAUUACUCUACAAGCAUCCCCAUGAAAGUAGAUUUGAGGCAACUACACGAGCUAGUCGACAUACUCACUCAUCAAGAGAUUCGAGAGGAGCAGUCCAUAUCCGGUGCUCUUCGGCCAUAUAAUCAUGCGCGGAUGGCCAAUAAUUACAAAUUAGCAGCGUACUGCUGGUUUGUGCUGAUGUAUAACAUGUCAUUGGCCCCUUCGAACAAUCUCACACCGCCGUUUGAUCCGCGGGUGAGUAGGAUGAAGAUGAGGUCUAGAACUGUUUAA